AUGUGCCGCGACCCGGGAGUACUACUUCGGUUGAUGAGCCAACGAUCCAAGAGGCAUCAGAGGCAGGUGCGCAGUCGGCUGGAAGGCCACGGAGCCAGCGACGAUCAGGAGGGCUACGAAGAAAUGUUUGCCGUUCCCGAUGUGGCCCCCGACGAGGGAGCCGCAAAGGGCCGCGACGCAAGUCGUGGUCCUACCGGUCGGAAGCCUGCAAAGGCCGACGACCAACAACAACCCACCGCCAAGGCCGUCACCAAGCGCAAGUCGCCCCAGAGGAAGAAGAAGGAGCGGCGCGCGCCGGACUCGGCGGAAGAGUCGCUGUCCAAGCCGCAAGGCAAGGCCGCGGGACGCCAGUACACCGUCGAGGAAGUGCGAUACGUCGUGGCGCGUACGGAGCUCUUCCGACUGCUGGAGCAAGACCCGAUCUUGGUCUUCCUUAGGCCCAGGUUGACGAGCAACUUCACGGGCCCCUUCAUAGCGCCAGACUUCGACAGUCUCACCAGCGUCGUCUACGCCGCGCCGACCCUCUUCCAGAUGCUGCUGGACUCGGCCUUCGUGCUGAGAGCCUUUGAGGUGGAGAGGCUAUGCGACUGGGAUCUCGAGUCUUGGUUACACGCGAUUCGUGUCGUGCAAGAACCCUUGACGAUUCUCGCCGGGUCCGUCAAGCAAGACGCGACGAGUUCUUCGACGGGCCAUUACGCGCCGAGUCCCGCGGCGGGCCCAGCCCAGACCUCGACGACCCCGCCGUCACCUCCAACUCGUUAUCAAUCGAUCGUGGACUCCGACAGCAGCUUCGAGUCGCCUAAGCGCAGGCCUCCGGAGAAGCUCCGCGCGCCGGAUUCGGCCGAAAAACCGCUGGACAAGGCGAAAGGCGACGACAGAGGAAGCGAGUUCACGGCGGCGGAGUUGAGGUACAUGCUGGCCGGAGUGGAGCUAAUCCGGCUGCUGGAGCACGAUCCGAUCCUGCGUUUCAUCAAGCCCAACACGAUUAAGUUCACUGGUCCCUUCCGGAUGCCGGACUUUGACAGGCUCACGAACGUCACGCGAGCUGCGGGGGCACUCUUCGAGAUGUUGCACGAAUCAGGCUUCAGCUUGGACAUCACCGAGAGGACGUGA